AUGAUAUUUAUGCCUUUUGAAUAUGAAAUAAAUAUAAAGGAUGAGCCAAUCGAUCCAGAGAUCUGCAAUGAUUUGUCGCCAGUUGAUACGAAUACAGGGAAUGAAAAUGGAACAGCAACGUUUAAAAGUGAAUAUUUGGAUGACGUUUAUUGUAAGAAUGAAGAAUCCGCGUUUCCUCAAGAAAGUACGCAUUUAGAAAAUAACAAAUUGGAAAAUACUGAUAAACGAAAAAGUAAACAUAAUAUACCUCCAAACAACAGAAUAAGCUGCAAUGUUUGUUUCUUAACUUUUCAAACUAAACAUUUAUUGGGACUGCAUAAUAAAUUAUAUAGCUGUAAUGCAUUUAAGUGUAAUAAUUGCUCUGCGAUCUUCACUAUGCAUAUUUCGUUGAUCCGUCAUUUAAAGAAGCAAUGUUAUACGAGAAAAUUGUCUGGAUAUAGAUGUAAUUUUUGUAACCGGAUGUUUUCCUAUAAAAGACACAUCCAAUCUCAUUUAUUCCAUGCGCAUGGGAACGAAAUAUUUUCUAGUGAAAGCAAAAUUACGAAAACAUCUCCUGAAUCGUUAGGAAAGUCGAAUCAUUCGAAUGAUAUAGUCAUGGCAGAAUCAAAUACUUCACACAGUCCCUCCCCAAAAAACGUAAAUAGCUCAAUAAAUAUAUCUUUGGAACUAUCUAAUAGUUCAAACAAUACACUCACCGAGGGUUCGAGCAGCAAGAUCAAGUCUACGCAUCCGAAAUUGUUAAACGAUUCGCAUGGUACAUCUUCGAAAAGGACGAAGCUGACUUCAACGCUCGAGACAUUUGGUAACAAGACAUCAACGGCUGCAGAAGUUAUUCAGAUGUCUACUUCUGUUAAGCGAAUCGAAUCUCCUGUUAGGAAAAUCCCAUUUGUUCAAAUUUAUGUGAAUUUAAAAACAAUGACAUCUUCAUUAAGGAACGAAAUAAAAGCUGAAUCUGAAAGCUCUAAUACCUCGCACAAUAUGUCUUACAACCUUAGAAAAUCUGUACCUGAAACUAAGCGUAAAGAAUGUGUGGUCUGUUUGGAGAAAUACGACAAAUUCUCCGAGCCUACUAGUUUUGUGUCAAACGAAGACGAAGAUGAAAACGAAAAGGAAAACGAAAACGAAGACGCUUUCAAACAAGCAGUAUCGAACAAUGUGAAAGAGAAAUUUGAAGGUUUUCGUGAAACAAGCUCGGCAUGUAACUUGCCUUCGAAAGCUGAUACGAUUGCGUCAAAGCGAUUCAAUGAAUUUGUAAAAUCUUCCACUGAUAGAUUAAUCGUACCUCAACAAGAAUCGGUCGAAUUUCAGAAGAACUUUAAGGUUAAUCAGAAGAAAAUAUUUCAAUGUUGUAUUUGUAAAAAAUCGUUUUCUUUGAAGGAGAACCUGCGCGAGCACAUGAAAUUGUUCCAUACGAUUUACAUAUCGAGCAUAUGCAACGCGCGUUACACGUCCAUGAAUAAGUUACUAACUCACUAUCUACGUCAGCAUAUUGUGUUUAAACGAAGGGAAUGUUGCGUGUGUAAUGAGAAGUUUGACACGUCGGCAUUGUUGAAACGGCACAUGAUUUUGCAUUGUUUAAAGACCAUAGGAUCAGAAAAGAAAGCUCCGGUUGACGUUGAAAUAAAUUGCAAUGCAUUCAAGAAACAACACAAAUGCAAAGGUUGUCGCAAACGAUUUUGGCUAUACUCAUGUUUGAAACAACAUGAGAACGUAUGUCGUCGAAUGAAAGUCUUAAUAAAUAAACAACGUGUACCUUGUGUAAACCAUUUGUCUCGGUCCUUGGAAGAAUCAAGUGACAUGGAACUCGGCAUAAUACAAUCACCUGAUUUGGAACAAACGUUGGAUGUUUCGGAUGAGACGACAAGAUCUGUGGAAAAUUAUUUGGCUCCGAGUACGUCUAUUACGGAUAAUACUUCCUCUUCGUCAUUCGAUACAGCUGCAGAGAACAAAAGGUUACUUAAUGAGAUUGCAUGUGUAAAGGGUUACCAAGCGGACAAGAUGAACAGAACAAAGUUUCCUUGCACUACUUGUGGAACACAAUUCCAAACAUUUAAAAAUUUCUGCAUACACGAGCGCACCUAUUGCCAAACAGCCACAGAAAAGUGUAACGUUUGUAACACGAUGUUUUCCACUAAAAGAUUAUUACAGUAUCACAUGCUUGCUACUCAUAUGCCUUCGUGCUCGGUGAACUACAAAUUCUUUUGUAAGUUCUGUAAUCAAGGAUUUCUUAAGAAAUCGAAUCUUCAAAUUCACGAACGACACUUUCAUAUCAGGCAGGAUUCUAGACUGGUGCUAAAUUCCGAUUGCGUUUUGAAAGAUAAACCAAUCUGUAAUAUAUGCCAUUUGUUAUUCGAAUCCUACGAACAUUUAUUUGAGCAUAACAUGUAUUAUUACAAGGGCAAUGUUUUUUUAUGUACAAUGUGUGGUAAGUCGUUUCAAGGAAUGUACAAGUUUGAUUAUCACAACAAGUUGAAGCAUUAUGUGGACGAACCAUCGAAAUUAUACCCUUACAAAUGCGAUACUUGUAACGAAGGCUUCAGCUACGAAUCACAUUUCCACGCACAUAAGCUGCACGUUCAUUUGCACGAUUCGCCCGCUAACGAGACGCGCGAUCGCGAUACAUCGAAUCAGACUUUUCGCAUGUAUUCACGAUUCUUUGAAUAA